AUGCGCCCCCGCCCGGUCCCCCGCGCCCCCGCCGGCGCCUCCGCCACCGCGCUCGGGCUCCGCAGCCUCCUCCUCCUGCUACUGCUUCGGCCCGGGCACGCGUGCCCCGCGGGCUGCGCCUGCACCGACCCGCACACCGUGGACUGCCGCGACCGCGGGCUGCCCAGCGUUCCCGACCCUUUCCCCCUGGACGUGCGCAAGCUGCUGGUGGCCGGCAAUCGCAUCCAGCACAUCCCCGAGGACUUCUUCAUUUUCUAUGGCGACCUGGUCUACCUGGACUUCAGGAACAACUCGCUGCGCUCCCUGGAGGAGGGCACGUUCAGCGGCUCGGCCAAGCUGGCCUUCCUCGACCUCAGCUACAACAACCUGACCCAGCUGGGCGCCGGCGCCUUCCGCUCGGCCGGGAGGCUGGUCAAGCUGAGCCUGGCCAACAACAACCUGGCGGGCGUGCACGAGGCCGCCUUCGAGACCCUGGAGUCGCUGCAGGUGCUGGAGCUCAAUGACAACAAUCUGCGCAGCCUCAACGUGGCCACCCUGGCGGCGCUCCCCGCGCUGCGCACCCUGCGCCUGGACGGCAACCCCUGGCUCUGCGACUGUGAUUUCGCCCAUCUCUUCUCCUGGAUCCAGGAGAACGCGUCCAAGCUGCCCAAAGGCCUCGAGGAAAUCCAGUGCUCCCUGCCCCUGGGGAACAGGAGGGUAUUCCUGCACGAGCUGUCGGAGGCCAGCUUCAGCGAGUGCAGGUUCAGCCUGUCGCUCACAGACCUGUUCAUCAUCAUCUUCUCGGGCGUGGCGGUGUCCAUCGCUGCCAUCAUCUCCAGCUUCUUCCUGGCCACCGUGGUGCAGUGCUUCCAGAGGUGUGCCCCCAACAAGGACGCCGAAGAUGAGGAGGACGAAGAUGAGGAAGACUGA